AUGUCUACUUUAUUUUACAUUUCCCUGUAAUUUUUUUAUAUAGAUAGUUUUGAUUAUUUGUUUUUUAAAAGCAUUUUAAAAAUUUUAGUACUACUCAUUGAUAAAUUGAAUAGUUAAUAACAAUAUAUUUUUAUAAAUUAUAUAUUUAUAGCUGUCUUUUUAAUAAAAUCAAGAAUCUUUCAUUCUCUUUUAAAUUGCAAACAGAAAAAGGUAUUAGAAUACACAUAUGUAAAGACAUUAUAUUUAUUGAAGUUUCGAUCAAUAUUAAAGUUGUUGGUAUUUAAAGUUUCACAUCUAUGCAAUUCUACUUUAUUGUUUGAAAUAACACUUCAGAAAAGGCAAGUCCACAUUUCUCACGUCUGAUUGGUUACUGCAGUUGUAAUGGUUAUUACAAAAAAAAGUGGUGCAUGGUUUGAUGACGUAAUUUUUAUUCUAAAUAUAAAACGAAGGAUGUGAUGUAAAAUAUCGUAUCAAUAAUACUUUGUGUAUUUUCUGCAUAAAGUUUCGUCUCGGAAAGUGUUGAUAAUAUUAAUGACAUAUAUAAGAGUUAUUUAAUUAAGUCUAGAAGGAUACUAGGUAUUUUUUAAUAUCUGUAAUAUAACAUUAAUGUUUCUUUUCAAUUAAAAGAUAACAAAUAACUACAGUUAAUAAAUUAGCUCUUCUUUAUCAUUAAAAAAUGCCAGGGUAAGCAUCUAUUAUUUCUUUUCAUUCAAACAUAGUGUAGAGUAUCUUCCAUCAGCAAAAUUAAUUGCCAGGUAUAUAACUUUAAAUCCGUUAUUAUAAAAUAUAAAUGCUAAUAUUUAUGUAAUUUCAUGUUUACAAGAGAAAAGUUAUUUUUGUGUAGUGAUAUGGAAAAAAUAAAUUAUAUAUAUAAUUAAUAAAUUAUUUAUUAUAUAUUGUAUAAUUAUUUAUUAUAUGAAAAAAUAAAUUAUUUUUAUAUUAUCUAAUUAAGAAUAUAUAAAGAAUAUAUAUUUGUUAUGUAAAACUAUAUAAUGUAUAAUUAUAUAAAACUAUUAAAAAUUUAAUAAUGAUAAUAUUUUGAAAAUAAAUUUUUCAGUUUUUGUAUAUUUUACAAUUUUUCCUCAACAUCUAAUGCAUGUUUACACACAUUAGUUAUCUUUAAUGUACAUUAGAUUUUUCAUUUUUAAAUUGGAUUUAAAUGAAGCUUCAAAUUAUGCUUAUUUAAAAAGUGUUACAGAGAUGUCUUUGGAUAAUAUGUUUUGUUCUCGAUGUAGAGAAGGUUUUGUACCUCAUGAAAAAAUUGUUAAUUCAAAUGGAGAAUUAUGGCAUCCACAGUGUUUUGUAUGUGCACAAUGCUUCCGCCCAUUCCCAGAUGGAAUAUUUUAUGAAUUUGAAGGAUAUAAAUAUUGCGAACAUGAUUUUCAUGUCUUAUUUGCACCUUGCUGUGAAAAAUGUGGAGAAUUUGUUAUUGGUCGUGUAAUAAAAGCAAUGAAUGCUAAUUGGCAUCCAGGAUGUUUUCGUUGUGAAGAAUGUAAUGGUGAAUUAGCUGAUGCAGGAUUCAUUAAAUGUCAGGGUAGAGCUUUAUGCCAUACAUGUAAUGCACGUGUUAAGGCUGGGGUUCUUGGAAAAUAUAUUUGUCAUCAAUGCCACGGUGUAAUUGAUGACAAACCUCUUCGUUUUCGUGGAGAACUCUAUCAUCCAUAUCAUUUUAAUUGUACUGCUUGUGGUAUAGAACUUAAUUCAGAUGCUAGAGAAGUUAAUUCUAGACCAGGAUAUGCUGCUAAUGAAAUGAAUGAGCUAUAUUGUUUGAGAUGUCAUGAUAAAAUGGGAAUUCCAAUUUGUGGUGCAUGUCGACGUCCCAUUGAAGAACGAGUAGUAACUGCCUUAGGUAAACAUUGGCAUGUUGAACAUUUUGUUUGUGCAAAAUGUGAAAAACCAUUUUUAGGUCAUCGACAUUAUGAAAAGAAAGGUUUAGCUUAUUGUGAAACACACUACCAUCAACUUUUUGUUUUUACAGCUUUGAAUAAAGCAUGGUGUGUUCAUCAUUUCGCAUGUGCAUUUUGCGAUCAAAAAAUGAAUCAAAAAACGAAGUUUUUUGAAUUUGAUUUAAAACCAGCUUGUAAAAAGUGUUAUGAUAAAUUCCCACAAGAAUUGAAAAAACGUAUGCGUCGAAUGUAUGAUUUAAACCCUAAAAGAAUACCAGUUUAAACAUAUAUCAGCCUAUGGUUAUUUGGAAAUAUCUUCUAAUAUUAUUAAUGAAAGUUUAUGUUAUUGACGUUUAUGUUAUUAUAACGUUAUACUAUGUUUUAAUUGAUAACAUUAUAUUAAAUAAUUAUAUUUAUACUCUGUAUUGAUCAUAAUAACUAUUUUAAUAUGUCUAUAUAAAUUAUUAUAUAUGUAUAUGAAUUUUAAAAUGUUUUGUUGUGAAUAAAUUGAAUAACUACAUUUAUAUUUGAAAAUAUAUUUUGUAUAUUAAAAAGAUACUUAAAUCACUAUUAAUAAUACUCAAAUUUUAUAAAACACAUUACAUGUAAACUCGAUUUUAUUAUAUAUAAACUAAAUGAAAAAGAUAUUUACAUCAUUUGUGUUUAUUCAUCUCAAUAGUAAUGUUAAAAUAAAUUUUCGUUUUAAAAAUAUUUUUCAUAUUUAAUAUUUCUAGAAUUAUAAAUAUUAGGAUAUUUUAUAAUCGGUAUUUUUAUAGAAAACAUUUGAAUAAAUUAUGAAUUAAUUAAAUAAGAAUAAUAAUCGAUAUAAUUAAUAUAGUUACACUUUUCUAUGUAAAACAAAAUAAUACUAUUUAUAACAUAUCAUUAAAAUAUUCUGCAUCUUAACAAUUAAAUGAAUUUUUUAUGUCUUACUUAAUCUUUUUCUAUUUAUGUCUUGAUAGAAUACCACAAUUGGAUAUAAUUAUUGUUUUAAAUGGUUUUCCUGUUUUUGUACCAAAUUCUUCAAUCUAAUAAACAUUAGAUAUCAGAAAAUUUAAGAGAAAAUAACAGUUCUUUUUUGAGUUUUAUUGUACAAAAAAUAAUUAUAUGAGUAAUAAAUAUUUUUUAUAUGUAAAGAAAUUUAGAAAUAAAAAGAUGCUUAAUAUAAUUGAAAUAAAUUUACCUUAUAAAUAUUUGAGAGACCUGCAAUAACUUUUCCAAAAACUACAUUCUUUCUAUUUACUGUUUCCAAUUUUCUAAAAGUAAGAUUAAAUUUGGAAUUGCUUGUAUUUUCAGUUUCAUUACACAUGGACAAAAUUCCAGGGCCAGCAUGACGUAAAUUAUAAUUCUCAUGCUUAAAUGAUUCACCAUAUAUGGAUCUUCCUCCACUUCCGUCAAACUUUGUAACAUCUCCACCUUGACACCAAUAACCAGAUACAAUUCGAUGAAAUGGUGUGUUUCUAUUAGAAAUAUGUUAUGUUAUUUUCGUUUAUUAAAUUUGUAUAUGAAUAGUAUCUUCCUUAAUAUCUUUCUCUAUAUAUUAGUUUCCUUCUUUCGAAUUAUAUAUUAGUUUCUUUCUUUCAUUUGUACUUAAGAUACAACUUUAUUUAUUCUUAAAAAAUAUUUUUCUUUAAAAAAUAUUUUUUUAUGAUUUGUCUUGAUGAUAUGGUACAAAGUAAUCGUUAAAGCUAUUAAUAUUAAAGUACAAAAAUAAUAUGAAAAAUUUUAUAUUAAAUUUAAAUAAUAUAAUCAAUGCUUCCAAAAUAUUUACUUGAAAGACAAACUAUUAUAUCCAUGACACAAUUCCGCAAAAUUUGCACAUGUCCGGGGUACAACAUCAUCAUAAAGUUCAAACUGAAUAGAUCCUAAUUUCUGAUCUCCCUGAAUUUCAAUUUCAAAAAAACAUUUGGUUCGGAUAGAUGGAUUCAUAUCUUUUAGUAAUGAUAAAUCUCUAAUCAUGCAAUGAUCUUGAUGUGAUUCUAAUCCAAUGGUAUGUAUUGUAAGUUCUUCCUGAUAUCUGUAGUAUUAUUGUAAAAUACAUUAAUGUUGUAGUAUUAUUGUAAGAUAUAUGUAUAGAUAUAUGUAUAGAUAUCUAUAGUAUUAUUAUAAAAUUCACAUAAAAUUAUAAUAUGGUUUAUUUAUUUACAUUUUAUUAUUAUAUCUUUAGAUGUUAUUUUUUCUUUAAUUAUAUUAUUAUAAGAGCAUAA